AUGCCCUCCGAGCACGUUCCCACUCCUGCACUCAUCGCACACGACGUCCAGCCCGUACAGGCUGCCAAAGUCUGCGCGAGAUGCGAACACCCGCUGAACCCGCUGGAGAACGACCUGCUAUCGCUUGCUUAUCCCGAAACUAUUAUAUCUUGCCCAUACUGCCGCGAGGGUCCCUCCAGGCAGACACAACCGCAGACACAACACUCUACCUCGCCUCGUGCGCGACAAAGCAGGCCGACAGUGACGACUACCGACUCCCUGACUGACGUCGUUGGUCGGCCGACACCCCCGCAGUCCUCCCCGCUUAUGUUGCGCUCACUGUCGCUGAACGACGAGCCCGUGAAUUUCGCGUCUACCGGUCGCCGCUACUCUUCGACCGCACUGACCGUACAACCUCUGGAGAUACCGGUGUCUCGCUCUUCAUCUUUGUUCUCCGACGGCUCCAGCCCCAUAGCUUCGUCCUCAUCGCCUGUGGCGUACUUCAACUCCCCUUUAUCGCCUUCACAGUAUUCUCCUGUGCACGAGAAGCGCCCUCAGGCCACGUACACGCCCAACACACCACCUGCACCGGACCCAUUCGUCGAUAUCUCCCGGCUCCGCAUCAAGCAACAGGCGCACCACUGCCUGUACCCCGGAUCCAUAUUCGAGGGCACCCAGAAGAGCGGGCGCAACAGCUACGACGUGAAAGUGACGAUAGUCGACGUCGACUUUGCUGCUUCGCACCUGUGCGGAUACCUGUGCAUCAAGGGUCUGACCGACGACUGGCCCGAGAUGACAACCUACUUUGACGCCGAGAUUAUCGGCACUCGACAUGGCUUCCUCACACGCAAGUGGGACGCUGAGGACGAGGAGGAUAUGGUUCACUGGGGGCGCUUCCCCGCCUUCCGGCACGUGAAGAACAAACUCAAGGGCCCGCUCCUCACGACCGACGCGCCCGUUGACGCGGUGUUCAUGCGCUGGAAAGAACGCUUCCUCGUUCCCGAUCACAGGGUACAAGACAUCAACGGCGCGAGCUUCGCAGGCUUCUACUACGUCUGCGUAGACUUCAACGCUCACCCCGCGUCGCUGCCCUCCCAGACGCCGACCUCGCCUGUCCGUGAACGCGCGGAUCUCCCACCGGCGCCCAAGCCCGAUGCGUCCCCGCGUCGCGCUCGCACCCGCAGCAUUCGAGCAGACGCGCCGGCGCCAAUGGACCGCUCCGUAUCUUCAAGCGCUCGCGGGGCGCCUGUGGCGGCGACCAUGAGCGGAUUCUACUUCCACCAGCACUCCGAACCGUACCAGCAGCUCUCGCUUCAGCAUGUCCCGCAGAGCGUGAGCGCUAGCUUUGAGUUGCGUUAG